AUGCCAAAUAGUCCAACAGAAAAGUUGGAGCAGCCAGAAAAUCCAGUUUCUGAUGUACAAGCACCAAAAAUCUUGGUUGUUGAGGUACGUCGUCAGCAAGAAACUGUUCUCUAUUAUUGAUUAUACCAUUUCAGACAGCUUCUUGUCGGCAAGUGCCGCUUUGUACGAAUUGCUCACAGAACGUAUCCGACCUACAACACGAGAAUGCUCAGUUUGCCUUCAAGAGUAACUUUGACAAGGAGUUCGAUAUUCAAGAGAUCCAGAACGUCAGGUCGCCGACAAAGAAAGGUUUGGCGAUCUCCAACAGCACAAGAGCUAUUGCCAAACGGGCCAAAUUGGAUGUGAACAGUUUGCGAGAGAAGAAUGUGCUUCAAUCUGAUCUCAACUUAUCUUAUCCAUCAGAAGUCCAGUUUACAGAUGAUAACAGGAAGGUAGUGUUCCCAGAGAGUGAAUAUGACAUUCUGGAGAAGCGACUGAUUGCUUUAGAGUCAGAGCUUCAACAUUCAGGAGGGAAUGAAGGUACGAUCUUUGGUUGUUUUUUUAUUGGUUAGAGUAUAUUUUUUUUUGACAUCUUGAUGUUCUUUUUGUCUCUUUUCAAUAAAGUAAUGUCUUAAACCUAUUUUUUAUUAUUUUAGAUCCUGAAUUCAAAAGAUUGUGCAAAAUGGGUGUGAUAUACGAAGAGAAAUGGGCUCGAUUAUAUUGCCGAGACUAUAACAAACCAAUUGUAAGUUUUUAAUAUUGGUUUUCUUACUUUUUAGGUAACAUUCAGAAUUGUUAUUCCGUUGUAAACUUUCGAAACAAUUUUCUUAUUAUUCACUGUUAUUUUGCUUACUUCAAUGUGUUUAUUACAGAACGAAUACAGAAAUGAAGCUAUUGGAGUGUUGAAACAGAAUCUGAACAUCAGAAGAGAUGGUCUUCGACCUUUCAUGAGGUUAAUGCAGUCUCGUCAGCUUUCAUACACUCCGGAUACACAGAAAGUCAAACGAGAUAUACUGUCAGCUAGUCCAGCUGUAAAUAUAAUCUCUGGACGAAUGACAACGCCAAAGGAAUACAGUAAAGGAAACGUCAAGAAGAUGUUCGGUCAUUGGUAAGAGUUUAUGAUGAAUGUUAAUGGUAAAUAUAUAUACUAUUUGUAGUUAUCUUUAUUGGCUAAAUGAAUAAGCGUUAAUUUUCUUAUUUUAUAUUGUCUAUGUUUUUUUUCUCACAGAAUCUUACAAUUGUGCUUUUAGCGUUCCUAUUACAACUCUAAUGACAGGGCCUUACUACAACUACUCGUAUGUUCAACAAGAUCAUUGUUAUAUGAUUGAGAAUGAAUUAUUCGAUAUUGAGAGUAGGUUAAAGCGAUGUGCACCAGGAACGCAAGGUAAGAUUAUAUUUGUACUUAUAUAAAAUUAUAUGUAGGUGUAUAAUUAGUCAUAUUAUUGUCUUGUAAACAUUAGCAAACAAUUAUAAAUACUUUUUUAUGCUUAAUUGCAAUUGUUGAUUUUCAUUUUUACUGUGUAAAACCUUAACUAGCGACUAAAAUUUUACUUAUAAAGUUAUUAACAAGUAAGAGUUUGAUUAUUAUGUACUUUCAAGUCUAAUAGUAGGCUAAUUUUAGAAUACAAACGCCUGGCAGAAGAAGGUAAACGACUGAGGUUCGAAUGGAAACACACAUACGAAGAGAUACGACGAACCCGGUCGAUCACUCAACCGGUCUCGGCCUACGACCUCAAGAAGUGUGUGGUGGUGAACAGAGGCGGGAAGCGGAUCGCCCUGCCCGUAACAGAUGAGGAGAUCAGCCAACAGCUGAUGGAAGGCGACAUCGACGUGGAAGUGCAAGACUGA